GAACUGAUUGGAGGCAUGUCGUUUGGCGUCAGCGGAAUCCAUACGAAGAAAGAGAUCUCUGGUUGGUAUUAUCUGCUCAACGAGACAAUGGCCCGUAAAAAGCAUCUUCGAGCCGGAGCUGAAGCUCAGCUUGCCUCUUCUGAUGGGCCCAAAUCUAAUCAACGGGACUGCGCUCCGAUUCUGACCCAAAGCGAUAAUAGCCCCCAAAGGAUGGAAAGCGUUGGACCACCAGGAACCCCGGCAACCACAGGACAAAUGAACACACUUGAACGCAGCGCUGGACUGUGCUUAGCACAGCAGUCGAUGGGCAAUUCAGUUGGUCCUCGCCUGACCAGUCCGAUGAUCAGUCCGCCCAAUGCACGUUUCCCCUCUACCUCCAUGCAGUUUCAGAAUCCCUCUUUCAGUUCCGCGGCACCCCCGGGGUCUCCUCAAGUCGCAAUCACAGUGCCGAAAACCAAUCAAGCACUGAAUAAUAUGCAUUUGUUUAGGUUCCUUCUAGCUCGUGGGCCUAAAGGAUUUGGUUUCACUUUGUCCGGUGGCUGUCCCGUGUACGUCAGUCACGUGGAACCGAAUUCACCGGCCUUGCAAGCUGGUGUGCAACCGGGCGAUUUCAUUGUAGCUGUGGACAGCAUCAAUGUGUCUCGUUCCACUACUGAUAGUGUUGUACGAAUUUUUCGGAUGGCCCAAAAUCCAGUUUACCUUACUGUCUGUCGACCAACAACUGUCUGCAUCAAAACACAGUCAUCUCCCCGAGCCUAUGGAUCCAAAGCUUUCAGUAAUCUCUUCCAACGCGGUUGUCUAUCGCAUAUGAAGAAAUCCGCAUCAAACGACUCUAUGAGGUUGGAUUGUGCUAGUGGGUUUUAUCAUUCAGCACCCGGACUACCAAUGACUCCUCCCGCUCCCGUGUACGGUACGGCAAUUCUGUCCUGCAUCGGUCCCUCCCAGCCGGUGCAACCAAACGGACCACCGGCCUAUCCGGGGUUGACUAUUCUACCGAAUUCUCGUUCGCUUUAUCAACUUUCCCCAAAUCUUCAAACCCCACGAACCGGAACACCAAUGUUUCCCACCUCGAAAACUGAGAUGCAUUUAUGUGAUGUGGCCAACGGGGCGGGAACCAAUCAGCUCGCGGUCUCACAAGUACCUCCAACUCCUACUAAUAUUCCCAUAGCCAAACCGAGACUGAUUAGCCUUCCACCAGCGUGUAAUCAGAACACAUAUAAUCGAUCUGAGGGCUGUCGUACCAACAAUACCGUUGAAAAUGUCGGUUCCAUAAAACAAAUACCACCCAGUCCGUUGGCUUUAACCAGCCCUCGGCCGCCAAAUAUCUGCAGUCCAGUACCUAGUCCAACUGCCCAAACAGCCCCUACGUUUUCCAUGCAACCGCGGUUUCCCUAUCAUGGCCUAUCGCCACCAUCAUCCUCUGCAUUGCCCACGGAUCAGCCCAUUGUUGACUGUUUAAAAUACGUCAGCCAUGUGAAACAGGUGGAUUUUCGUCAACACUCACCUCGACUGGAACAUUACGGAUGUUUGAAUCUGCUCGAAUCCAACUGUUGCUCGAAAGUGGAACUGCUCAUGUUCACCGAUUUGCUCCUGAUCGCGCAACGUGCUCCAAAUCAUUUUCUCACGGUGAUCAAGGAUCCGAUCUACAAUACGAAAAUUUGCUACGUGAACAUUCCGCCCAAUGCAUCGGAUCAAUUGAUUUUGCAAUAUAUCGACGAUCACAAUCGUAAACAAAUUGUACACUUUCAAGGCUCCAAUGUGCGUGAGUGGUUGGCUUGGAUACAAGGACACAUGGUUUACAAUGGCAAUUGGUGGAUGAGCAACAUACAUUGUCCAGUGAAUUUCUGA